AUGGACGCAACCCUGGUAGCCGACAUCUAUAAACUACUCAAAGAGACCGAGUCCCCAGAUUUCGACAGUCGAUGUCCGUCCGCCCAGCACGCGGCAUCCACAUAUCGACGGACUCUCUGCCUCGAACUACAAGGCUUACUAGGGGAGAUCACCAUUCCUGACAGCCACGCCUGGCAGGAUGCAGUUGGCUACUGCCGAGCAGUUAUCGCUGCCCCCCAGGACUCCGUCAACCGGGCCAAUUCACACUGGAUCAGAUCGUCUUCCGACGUCAGCAAAGCACACCUGCAACGAUUCGUUCCGGGAAUCGUUACUGCAGCGCGGAAGGGCACUUCUGAGAUCGCCUCGGACCACUUCCACGGAGACCGACUGAAAGUUCCCCAUGUCGAUAAGAGACAGAGCUUCUACCGGAAUGCGCGAGGUGUGGACCUGGCGGGGUCGCUUGCUGGUGCGGCCAUCUGUGAUGACUAUGCUGCGUUCUCGCUCGACAAUUGUGAGGUGCGACUGCGGGGGAAGAUUUGGAUCGAUGAAUUUAAGGACGGUGGUGUGGUUCAAGAAGGUUUCAGCUGGUUUCAGCAUCGUGCGUGGACGGGAGAAAUUCGAACUUUCGAUGUCCUGAAUCCGAUUCAUGAGGUUGAUACUGGCGCCGAUUGGGCCUGA